UUAUAAAUUACGAGGAAACUCAGUUAACUACCAAUCCGGAGGCUAUCAGCUUCACCACCUGUCCCACAACUCCACUUGGCCACCCAUCUCAUCACCUUAUUUAUAUCUCAUCAACCAUUAACCUCCCUUCUUCACUUCUAAAUCUAUACCCCAAACCCACCCCAGCCAUAGAGCUCCUCGACCGGGCGGGCGAGGUCCCCGUGGACCUCCUCGGGCCAGCUGAAUCCAUGUCCUAUCCUGAUCACGCGCCGCCACCUCCUCCUCCCUUGCCAGCAGCACUGCAACCACCGCUUCCGCUUUAUAAGCAGCGAUCCUGGUCACCCGACAUCAUCCGUAACGAAGCAUGGCUUAGAAGAAAAGGAAAGAGCAAGAACCGGCGAAGCAAGAGUGUAACAGACGAAGACCUUGAUGAACUCAGGGCUUGUAUUGAGUUAGGAUUUGGGUUUGAUUCCCUAGAGAUAGAUCAACGCUUGUCGAAUACUUUGCCAGCUCUUGGUCUUUACCAAGCAGUUAACAAGAACUACAACCACACCAUCUCAAAGUAUGCCUCGUCUCCUUCGGCUGCAUCGGAUUGUGAUAGCAUUUCAUCCGCUAUAGGUAGCCCCCACGCCAUCUUUGGCCCUGGUGAUAAACCACAGAUAGUGAAGACAAAGCUAAGGCAAUGGGCGCAGGUGGUUGCUUGUUCCGUGAGGCAAAGUUCAUGAGUAUGUCAUGGAUGUUCGUUUCAUGUUUAACUACUGAGAACGAGAGUUGUGUCUUCAAUGUAACCGAACAUAAAAAAAACAACAAUCAUUAUGAUGUUUUGUUAGAAAUUUAAAAAUGAAAGAAACCCAAUUUUUGCAUUGUUUAA